AUGUGCUUAUUUUCGUCAUUACAAAAAUCAUCAAAUAAUGAUAGAUUCGAAGUUAAAUUAAUGAUGAUGAAUCUUAUAUCUCGUAUAAUUGGUAUAAAUAAACUCAUUUUGUUAAAUUUCUAUAGUUAUUUGUUAAGAUAUUUACAACCACAUCAACGUGAUGUUACCAUGGUAUUGGUAAUAUUGGCUCAAGCUAGUCAUGAAUUAGUGCCACCUGAUGUUUUGGAACCUGUCAUUAAAGCUGUUGCUAAUAAAUUUGUAUCCGACAAUUGUUCUUCCGAAGUUAUUACUGCUGGCUUAAAUGGUAUAAGAGAAGUUUGUGUCAGGCAACCUUUAGCAAUGGAUUCAACAUUACUUCAAGAUUUAACAGAGUACAAGGGCGAUAGGGAUAAAGGAGUUAUGAUGGCUGCUAGAUCAUUGAUUGGUCUAUUUAGAGAAAUUAAUCCUGAAAUAUUGAAAAAAAGAGAUAGGGGCAAAAUUGCUAGUAUGUCCAUAAAGGGUUUUAAGCCGUUAAAAUAUGGUGAAUUGAAUAAUAAUACAUCUGGACAACAAAUUGAAGGGAUUGAAUUAUUAGAAGAGUACAAGGAAAAACUUAAAAAUGACGGGAUUGAAGAAGAUGGUCCACCGCCAUAUUUUUUCCUACCUUCACGUCCUGCUUUAACAGAUUCCACACAAGAUUGUUGUAGUUGUGAUCUUUUACGUUUUCCACCACCAUCAAUCAUUUUUUCAACAUUUUGUUCCAUUCUUAACUCAUUUAAUUUUGCAAAAUCAGCGGGAGUUAACAGCUAA